AUGAGGUUCUCCCCAAUUAUCCUUGCUCUCGCGGUGAGCGCCGCCGCCCGCAACGUCUUCCGCACCGGAGGCCAGAGCCUCGUUAAGCGCGACGGCGAUGACCUCAGGGUUCCCGGCGAAAGCCCGCUCGAAUUCUGCGAUGCGGACCGCGAUCAUGAUCUUCUUACGAUUGACAAGGUUGACUUGUCACCGAACCCACCUCUACCGCUUGUUUCUUCUUCUUUCGCAGCGGCAAGAGCCUCAUCAUCACCGCCAGCGGCACGGCGCAGAAAACGAUCGAAACUUGGCGCCUAUGUGCUCAUCGUGGUCAAAUAUGGCUACAUUCAACUGCUCAAGACGACAGCCGACCUAUGCGAACAGCUAGGGAACGUGGAUCUCGAGUGCCCCAUCAAGCCAGGCAAACUCAAAAUCACCAAGGCGGUCGACAUGCCCAAGGCGAUCCCUCCGGUACAAAUCCCUAUCCUAUGGCAUUGA